AAGUAAACUUCAGUUCUGUACUCUCCCGACACUGUCAUACAGUCCCCUUAAAGUGGAUAUUAAAAGCCUUGUGGCUGUGCUGCGCAUUUGAUUCCGGUUGGCUUGGGAUACCUGCGUUCAGCUCUCCUUAGUCCUUCCGUUCGACCCACAAUCCCUAGUGGUUGCAGGUGUUGCUUUUUUUCCUGGUUCCUUCUUUCCCUCCAGGCACCCCACCCCCACCUCCCACCCCCGGCCGGCCUCCGGGAAGAAAGAAAACACAGCGUGAAGUCUACUCGAAGCACUGACCCUCAGCUCCCACGGGUUGCCACAGAGCUGCAAACGUGCCGCCGCUCCACUCAGGUAAACUUCGGAAUGAGUUACCUGCACUUGGAGAAGGGCCUUACCUGAGCGCGCCUCUGCCAAUGGCAGCUCACCUGAGGGAGCUCCGCAGCCAAUCACCGCGCAGCUCGUCCCUCGGGCUUGUACCCUUUAGUGAAAGAAUUCAGCUCCUUGCGAGAAAGUUACCUGUGGCCGCCCAAGUCCGCCACUUUCCGCUCUGUGGCUGCCCAUUGCCACCAUCCAGGAGGACUCCGCGCCGCCCGGCCGCCUCCGAGCUCGGGCCCCAUGUGAGGGGCCCCCCCUUAUCCCACCUUUCCGGCUAGGUGAGGGCGCGAGCGGGCGAGCGAGCGAGAGUGGUGAGGGGGGACGGAAAAGCAGAAUUACCUGUAGCUCUUGUUCUGCCAUCUCGGGCGCUCUCACACACCUUCACCUGCACAGACUUGAAAGUCCAGUUUCACCAGAGGCUGAGGCUCCAGGAAAAGGGGAGCGAGUUCAUUGGAUCAAACAUGUCACAAGAGUCGGACAAUAAUAAACGACUGGUGGCCUUAGUGCCGAUGCCCAGUGACCCUCCAUUCAAUACUCGAAGAGCCUACACCAGUGAAGAUGAAGCCUGGAAGUCGUAUCUGGAGAAUCCCCUGACGGCGGCCACGAAGGCGAUGAUGAGCAUUAAUGGUGACGAGGACAGUGCUGCUGCCCUUGGCCUGCUGUAUGACUACUACAAGGUUCCUCGAGACAAGAGGCUGCUGUCUGUAAGCAAAGCAAAUGACAGCCAAGACGACCAGGAUAAAAGAAACUGUCUUGGCACCAGCGAAGCCCAGAGUAAUUUGAGCGGAGGAGAAAACCGAGUGCAGGUCCUAAAGACUGUUCCCGUGAACCUUUCCCUAAAUCAAGACCACCUGGAGAAUUCAAAACGGGAACAGUACAGCACGAAUGUCCCCGAGAGCGCAGCUGUCGUCCCUGUGUCGGGAAUCACGGUGGUGAAAGCUGAAGACUUCACACCGGUCUUCAUGGCCCCGCCGGUGCACUAUCCCCGGGGAGACGGUGAGGAGCAGCGCGUGGUUAUCUUUGAACAGACUCAGUAUGGCGUGCCCUCCAUGGCGGGCCAUAGCACCUACCUCAAGGAUGACCAGCGCAGCACCCCGGACAGCACCUACAGCGAGAGCUUCAAGGACGGAGCCGCAGAGAAAUUUCGGAGUGCUUCAGUUGGCGCUGAGGAGUACAUGUAUGACCAGACAUCAAGUGGCACGUUUCAGUACACCCUGGAAGCCACCAAAUCUCUCCGUCAGAAGCAGGGGGAGGGCCCCAUGACCUACCUCAACAAAGGACAGUUCUAUGCCAUAACGCUUAGCGAGACCGGAGACAACAAAUGCUUCCGACACCCGAUCAGCAAAGUCAGGAGCGUGGUGAUGGUGGUCUUCAGCGAAGACAAAAACCGGGAUGAACAGCUGAAAUACUGGAAGUACUGGCACUCGCGGCAGCACACAGCAAAGCAGAGGGUCCUCGACAUCGCCGAUUACAAGGAGAGCUUUAAUACAAUUGGAAACAUCGAAGAGAUUGCAUAUAAUGCUGUUUCCUUCACCUGGGAUGUGAAUGAAGAGGCGAAGAUUUUCAUCACCGUGAAUUGCCUGAGUACAGAUUUCUCCUCCCAAAAAGGGGUGAAAGGACUUCCUCUAAUGAUUCAGAUUGAUACAUACAGUUAUAAUAAUCGUAGCAAUAAACCCAUUCAUAGAGCUUAUUGCCAGAUCAAGGUCUUCUGUGACAAAGGAGCAGAAAGAAAAAUCCGAGAUGAAGAGAGGAAGCAGAACAGGAAGAAGGGGAAAGGCCAGGCCUCCCAAACUCAGUGCAACAACUCCUCUGAUGGGAAGUUGGCGGCGAUACCUUUACAGAAGAAGAGUGACAUCACUUACUUCAAGACGAUGCCUGAUCUGCACUCGCAGCCGGUCCUCUUCAUACCUGAUGUUCACUUUGCAAACCUGCAGAGGACAGGACAGGUCUAUUACAACACGGAUGAUGAACGAGAAGGCAGCAGUGUCCUUGUUAAACGGAUGUUCAGGCCCAUGGAAGAGGAGUUUGGUCCAGCACCUUCUAAGCAGAUGAAAGAAGAAGGGAUGAAGCGAGUGCUUUUGUACGUGAGGAAGGAGACUGACGAUGUGUUUGAUGCUUUGAUGUUGAAAUCUCCCACGGUGAAGGGCCUGAUGGAAGCGAUAUCUGAGAAAUACGGGCUGCCUGUGGAGAAGAUAGCAAAGCUUUACAAGAAAAGCAAAAAAGGCAUCUUGGUGAACAUGGAUGACAACAUCAUUGAGCACUACUCGAAUGAAGACACCUUCAUCCUCAACAUGGAGAGCAUGGUGGAAGGUUUCAAGAUCACACUCAUGGAAAUCUGAGUACUGGUCUCAGCAUCCCCUUGGCAGGAGCCCUCAGUGCAUUUCUCCCCGAGAGAGAUGGAGGCCCCAGAACCCGCAGACCCCCCUCCCCCCAUCGCACACCUGCUGUUACACGACCGCGCUGGGGAGCGGGGCCGGCCACAAAGCCCCGUUCCUUGUCAGUGUGUUUGGCUCAUCUACCAGCUCCUUCUGUGGAACUGAAGCCGAGCCCCUUGGGAAGGGGCCUUGCACCUGUCAGAUCCUUAUUUAUUGUCCACCUUUCUCCAGAGCCUGGGGUCCAGGCCCGCCAGGGCUCUGCAGGUCACUGCUGGCUCCAGAUGACACCGUCCAGAGCCCUCCCCUUCAGGGGAGACACGCCAAUCCAUUCAUCCUGAAGAACUCGGGAAGUCUUGUCCCUUCUAUCUCACCUUUCCACUUCUCCUGAGUGGAUGGACAAAACGAGCUGCUUCUCGGCGCAGUCAUCAGAGGUGGGGUGAGAGGUGGAUGCCCCUUUACUGGUCAAAAUCCUUCAGGUUGCUCUGGGGAGGGUCAUCUUGCUAAAUACCUCCAGGGUUCCUAGCGAGUGGCCACCAGGCCUUGUACGGGAAGACAUUCAGCUACCAUGUAAUUAGUAAGGAAGGCAGAAGGUGUGUCUGGCGAUCAUGUACAUAGUGUUUAUAAUAUUGCAAUAAUAUAUUUUACCUGUGGUAUGUGGGCAUGUUUACUGCCACUGGCCUGCUGGAGGCACGUACCUGAGGACUCUGCUUUCUACAAGAGGUUUCUGCCUCUGUGCUGUUCAGGAGGUGAGCUGGGUUAGGGAUGUUGUUUUUGGGGUGUCAGGUGACUGCAGUGGGGGCCAAGAUGGACGUUCCAGUGGGCGUGCCCGGGGUCUGGUUCCCUGUCCACAGAGGCAACCCUAUUCCCUCUCCAGGGUACGACCACCCUGGACGCCACCGUGUUCAUCUAUCUCCUGGUGAUGUGCUUUGCUUGACUCUCCUUCUCAGAUUAUCUGAGGACCCAGCUUCUCCAGCUUUGGUGUCAGCACUGCCCGAGCUUUCUGGAAAAACUGCAGGGGGUUUGCCCUCAGGGCCCUGUUGCUGGGCCACUGCAGAACUCGUGGCUAUCAUGUGGCUCCUGGCCACUGUGUAGUGCCUCACAGUUUACAAGCAUGUCCUUCAUCUCAAGUGGUCCCCUUAAAGCCCAGCUGCAGUUCUGAGAGCAGCGCCAGCAGCUCAGCUCUGAAUCCACAGGCAGACUGCCUCCUGGGCCUCGGCCGGAGAGGAAGAGAUCAGUUGCCUCUGCUCCAGACUGCUGGAUUUGGAGGGAGGGUAGGAGUGAGAAUGCCCC